CCAACAAGUAUAGGCAACCCCUCUCCGCUGACUUUCACACGUACUCCAGUCCUCUAACAAGUUGGUAGGACUUCUAUGUUACCUGUAUUUCCUCUGCGGUGAGUCCUGCUUUGAAUUGCAUUUUUCUUUUUUAAUCUUCACUCGGAAGAGCCAGCACAUCUAUAGAAGAUGGGGUCAAAGAUCCAAGCGGGGCCAAUGCGUGUCCUGGUGACUGGUGGAUCUGGGAUGGUGGGCAAAUCCAUUGAGCAUGUGGUGCUGCAGGAAGGUGGGAAACUGGACGGAGAAGAAUGGAUCUUCCUCUCCUCCAAGGAUGCUGAUCUUGUAGAUGUCGGGCAGACCAGGGCUGUGUUCGAGAAGUAUCGUCCCACUCAUGUCAUCCAUCUGGCUGCAAAAGUCGGAGGAAUCUAUCUACACAUGAGGCAGAACCUGCAAUUUCUGAGGGACAACAUCAGGAUCAAUGACAAUGUUCUCCAAACCGCUCAUGAGAUGGGUGUGACCAAGGUUGUGUCUUGCUUGUCCAGUUGUAUCUUCCCUGACAAAACCACAUACCCCAUCGACGAGACCAUGUUACACAACGGACCACCUCAUGACUCCAAUUUUGGAUACUCGCAUGCAAAAAGAAUGAUUGAUGUUCAGAACAGGGCGUACUUUCAGCAGUAUGGUCAUUGUUACACGGCGGUCAUCCCAACCAACGUUGUCGGCCCCUAUGACAACUUCAGCAUAGAAAAUGCUCACGUGGUGUCGGCACUCAUUAGCAAGACAUACAAGGCAAAAAAGGAGGGAACUCCAAUGACUGUAUGUGGCUCUGGAGCUGCUCGAAGGCAGUUCACCUACUCUCUGGAUUUGGGUCGUCUAAUCGUUUGGGUCCUGAGAGAAUAUAAAGAAAUUGAACCCAUUAUCCUCUCUGUGGGUGAGGAGGAAGAAAUGUCAAUCAAAGACGCCAUGGACAUUAUUGCAGAGGCUCUGGACUUCAAAGGCAUAAUACAUUUUGACACCACCCUGUCAGACGGCCAGAUAAAGAAGCCUGCCAGCAUUGCCAAGCUGAGACGCUACCUCCCCGACUUCUCCUUUACACCCGCUAAAGAAGCUAUAAAGAAGACCUGCAGCUGGUUCGAGGACAACUACGACAAUGCCCGGCUUUGAAGUGACUGACCAUUAACACCACUCUUUGGUUCUGGUGUCGAGCAAGUUGUUUUCACUGUACAAUAUUGGUUCAUUCAGUGCCACAAUAAACAUUGCUGAACAUA